UAAUUUCAUUCGUGGAUAUGAAUAAAUAAAUAUUUACUAUUUAUCCUUUUUCGCUGUAAUCAGGUUCUGUUAAUUCCUCCUUCUCCUCCUUCAUCCUUGGAAUUUUUGCUCCCGUUCCGAUUUUACCCUUGCCGUCUUUGCAAAUUCUCUCACCGGGUCGUGUUCACCUCUCUAAUGGCCUGCUUCUGUACAAGAUAUCUUAUCGUCCUCUGGAUCGCCGCCUUAUUUUCGUUUCCUUUAGCGUCCUCGUCGCCGUCGACGUGCCUUCGUGAAUCUGGUUUGUUUAUCUACGAUCUACAAUCUCUGUGCCCUCGCUCGAUCUCCCCAAAUCCACCGCACGAGAUGGAUGGAAACUUCCUUGACAGAACUUUGACUUCCAAACAGAGGAAUGCUUAUGCCUCUGUUCUCUUCUAUGCCUCCUGGUGUCCAUUUUCACGCCAAAUGCGCUUGAAAUUUGAAAAGCUCAGUUUUAUGUUUCCUCAGAUUGAACAUUUAGCAGUUGAAGAAUCUUCAGCCUUGCCAAGCAUAUUUUCAAGAUAUGGAAUCCAUAGCCUGCCUGCAAUAUUACUGGUGAACCAGACAUCAAAGAUUCGGUACCAUGGUUUAAAAAAUCUUCCAUCACUUGUACAGUUUUAUGAAAGAACCACAGGACUGAAACCAGUUCAAUAUUAUACUGAAGAUGAGCCAGCUAGUUUCGAGGAGGAUGAACAAUUCAUAAUGCAGACAUGGAUUAGCUCCUCCUUGGGGGAUAUGAUAAAAAGGGAGCCCUACGUAGUUCUGGCUACAUUGUUCAUAUGCUUGAGGUUGCUUCUGUAUAUUUUCACCAAAGUGGUAUCACAUCUCAAAGCUUUCUGCAUCUCGUAUGCUCCACAUUUGAAUUUGGGAAUAUUUGGUGAGACCAGUCAGUUGUUUGGUCGUGUUCUUGACAUGAUUGAUGUGAGAAGGAUUUGGACAAAGUUUGGAUUAUGCAAGACUAGGAACUUCCAUCAAGGUGCAAAGAAUGCACGUGUCUGGGCUUCGUCCCUUGCAUCUGUUUCUUUGGGUGAAUCUUCAUCAGGUAGAUCAUCAUCCUAGAGUGUAACUCUGUUUGUUCAGAAGGUCAGCUUGAGGGUAUUAAGAUGCUCACUUAUCUGAUGAAUGUAUCACAAAUUGCUCUAAUGCACCUGAACAGGCAAUCUCUCUAUCAUCAGAUAUUACACUCAUCUCAUGGUAACUUUUAGCGAUCAUAGAUAGGUGAAGCUGUUAUCCUUUGUUUGAGUUGGGUCCUUUUUUUUUUUUAUAAUUUCGGGAGGAAUGAAGCGACUAGCGAGCAUGUAAAUUUUAGGACAGCUUUCCAUUUUGUGUAUAAUAGGUUGUUACUUUGAGGAACAUGUACACUUUCUUCAUCAGUAAAAUACUGAAAUGCAAGCA